AUGUUGGGGUUGCUGGAGUGCAUCCCGCGGGAGCCGGUGUACGUGGCGUGGCCGGUGUUACCGGCGGAGGAGGACGGGACGACGGGCGGCGGCGGCGGUGGCGGUGAGACGAGACCCAAGGGUCAUUCUUCCUCGUCUUCGGGUUCCCGGUCGGCGCCGCCGAACGAGCUCCCGCCCCUGUUGAAGGCCAUGUCGGGGCUCCUCCGCUGCCUGGCGGCCACCGAGUGGCUGGCGGGCGCGCUGACGCUGCUAACGCGGUGGGCGCACUCACGCGGGGCGCAGACGGCGGCGGGGCAGCAGGCGGCGAGCCGGUGGGGGGCGAUCCUCGUGUCCGGGAGCGGCCGCAGGGUCCUCGAGCGGCUCAUGAGGCUCCACCGAAACGUUUUCAUGGAGUUUUCUCGAGCCAAGGCGGAACACCAGACAUGGCUGCGCACCCUCGAAGCGGCAAACCAAACCGCCCCACCGUCCGCCGAGGGAAAAGAGCAAACCACGGACGGCGCGAGCGCCGCCGCACCGGCCGCCGGAGGUGGCGGGGGUGGGGGUGGGGGUUGUCCGCCGGAGAUGCCUUGGCCGGAGCCUGACUUUUUCCGGAUCAACGUCGUGGCGCAGGACGGGGCUCUGGUCGGGUCUGGGCUGGACAGCGACGGCAGCGUGGCGGUGCACACGGUGGAGUGCGGGACGGUGGUCGUGGCGUACGAGAGGGCGGCGAACUCUGCCGGCGUCAUGCGUUACCGCACCCGCCACGGCUGGAUCUCGGAGCACGCGCGCGGCACCGGUCGGCAGCCGAUAGUGGAGAUACUCUCCGUCGGUCUGACGGGACAGGGGGGAGAGCCCUCGGAGGAGGAGACGGAAUCCGAAACGGAGCACCGCAGGCGCGUCCAGCAGCAGCAGCAGCUUGAACAGCACAUCCAGCAGGGGGGCCGGCGGCGCCCCGUGCACGGCCUGAGGGCGACAGGGUGCAACUCGCUGGCUAGGCUGCACACGGUCACCAAGCAGCUCGUGACCGCGUUUGCUCGGGUGCUAGCUGGCUCUCUGCCACGACCCCACCACAGGGAGGACUUGACCCCGAACAUGAACCCGGUCGCGCCGGCGGUGUGCGAAUUCUUGUCGGAGAGCCUGCGGGAAGGCUUCGCCCUUGGGCUGGACAGGACGGAGGGCUCUCGCGCUGUGUACGGCCCCUGGCAAGCCCCACCAUCGUUCACGAGUGAAGAGCACCUCGAGGGUAACGCGUGUGCCAACCUCUUGGUGCGCAUGGAGCGCAGAGGACCCCCCCUCCGCCGCCUCCUCGAGGCCUGCUCCUACAUAUUCAGCUCCGCCCUCGAGAUGGCCGCGGGGCCCCCCGACGGCUCGUCGGCUCCCGCUAGCCCUACCUCGCCCUUCAAGGGUGGGGUUGUUGAGGGGGAGGGCGAGGGUGCGGGCGGGGUCACCGCCGCUGUCCAUGGAGACAACCGGGCGACGGCGGCGGCGGCGGCGGUUUCGGGCAGUCAGCAAGGCUGGGAGGCGUUUAACCGGUCGAUGGACGACCGUGACGAGGAGGUGCGGAAGGCGGUAGCGGCGGCGGCGGCGGCGGCGGCCGGCGGGGAGAAGGUGAAGGAGCGGGAGCUCCCGGCCCCGAUGCUGGAGGUGCUGAAGGUGGCGCUGUCGCUGCUGCGGCGGCUGUCGAACCGGAACCUGACCGCGGCGGGGCCGUUCGCGUCCACGAUGCAGAUGUGGCCUUCGGGGCAUCCCCAGGAAGAAAAGGGCGAGAUCGACCCCGAGCGGAACGACGACGGCGGUGGCGGAGACGGCGACGAUAACGACGACGACGAUGACGGUAGCCCACCGGCGGCCGGAGGCGCAGCAGCAGCAGCGGCGGCGGCGGCGGCGGCGGCCGCUGAUACCACCGCCGGGGGGAGCGGCACGAUGUCGCCGCCGCAACCACAGGCGCCGGGGACUCCGACCCCGAUGGCCGUGGCAACGCCGAUGGCUGUUGAGCCGCCGUCGACCCCCGACGCGCCUUCGCGAGCGGCGGGAGCGAGAGGCGGUAGCGGGGCCGCCGCUGCUGCUGCUGCUGAUUCUACGCCUGCGGCAGGCAGAAGUCAGUCGUCGAAGAUCUCGCGGGCGCCGGGUGGACCAGGGGGGAAGUGGCUGACAAGCCCACAGGAUGGCGGCAAGGCCAAGACCAACGCCCCGCCUCCCCGCUUCUCGUCGGAUCUGUUCAUCCGUCGGGUGCACCUCCUGGCGGGGGAGGUGUUGGAGCCGCUGUGGCGGGACCCCCGGCUGGCUUCGCUGCCCCCGGAGGCGGCCUCGCGGGUGCUGGCGACCGUUCUGGAGCUCCUGCAGAGCCUUCAGGCGGAAAGCUCCCACGGAAGCGUGAUGCGGCACCGGCAGCGCGCUCUGGCGAGGAACCAGGAGAGAGCGGCGGCGGCGGCGGCCGUCGCUGGUAGAGGCGGGAGGGCGGGCGGGCCGGGGGGAGGGGGCGGCGGGGGUGCUCCCCCUGGGCAGCUUGUUGCCCAGCGGUGGAACUUCAGAGGGCGAGAGCCGGCCCCUGCUCCGGUCCCGUUCGCCCCUGAGGAGCGCACGAUCACGCAGCUCGUGGAGAUGGGCUUCACCCGCGAGCACGUGCUGACGGCGCUUCGGGCGACGGAGACAAACCGGGUGGAGGUGGCGAUGGAGUACCUCCUCACACACCCGGCACCCACGCCUGCUGACGCUGCCGGCGCCGACGCGGAGUUGGCGAGGGCGGCGGGACCGGCAGCUGACGGCGACGGCGCCGGGGCGGCGGCGGCAGUUGACGAGGACGUUGCGAUGGAGGACGUGGAGCUGAUGCAGCGGAUGGAGGCGCUGCUGACGACCCCCGCCCCUCCCGCCUCCGCCGCCGCUGCCGCCGCCGGACGUCGCAUCACAAGCGCCUCCGGCGGAACGGACGCUCCUCGCCGGCCUGGGGCGGCGGUGGAAGCGACGGAGGUGGCGGCCGACGCCGCGGCGAGAGCGGAAGGCGGCGGCGGAGGCUCGGAGCGGGGCUCGCGGCAAGGAGCCGGCGCAACCGAGGACGGUGCGGCGGCGGCGGCAUCGGCGAGGGCGAUGCGCCGGAGCACCGCGGACAACCUGAGGAGGACGAUCGAGCGUCUGAUUGAGGGGCGGGCGGCGUUUACGCCGUCGGCGGCGCUGAAUCGCCUCGCGACGAGGUCCAGUGAGACGCCGAUGCCUGCGGCGGUCGCGGCUGACACCGCGAAGGCUCGGGCCUUAGUCGCCUUCGAGAAGGCUGCGAUGGAGCGGGGCGGCGGCGGCGCGGGCGGGGGGCGCACCAUCGACACGGUGUCUUCUUCGUCCACAAGCCCGACGGAGGGAGGGCCACCGGCUCUCGCGGAGUCAAAGGACGGCGAGGAGCGGGAGGGGGGAGAGGAGGGAGAAGCGGGGCAGAAGGAGGGAGGCCGGCAGCCGGCGGACGGUCGGGCGAGGCUUGACGUGAGGACUCCGAAAACGACCCCCUAG